AUGGGAGAAAUUGUGUAUAUAGCAGCGUUUAUUUGGCCAAAAAAUGAGAUAACAGGAAUGAAAUACUUGAAUAUAACUCCAGCAAUAGGAAUAGCAAUAGAGGAGAUGAUUGUGGUCACAUCGCUCACCGCCAUAUUCUACUUUGGUUCUCGAUGCUAUUACAAAAUUCAGGAGCAACUGAAAGUAGCCAUUUCAGUCAGUCGCAUCACCAAAAACCUUCAUCGUCAACUAUUCUAUGCACUUGUUAUGCAGACUGCAAUCCCCAUCAUGCUGCUUCAUGUCCCAGUAUCCGGUCUGUUCAUGUUCCCUAUCAUGGAUUCUGACUUGGGAUUUUUAACUGGAUUUGUCACUAUAACUAUUGCAAUCUACCCACCUAUUGAUCCGCUUCCGACAAUGCUUGUGAUUGAAAACUAUCGGAAAGCAGUUUUUGCUUUUUUCAAAGCAGUUUUAUGCUGCAAACAUGGCAAUAAUAGUGGGAGAGCAGAGCAGACCAGCAGUUUCACAGAAGGUCAAAUUUCGAUGGCAACUUGCAAUUGA